AUGCUCGCCAGCGUUUUCUUCUCUUCUCUACUAUUAAUCGCUGGCGCACAGCCAUUUGAGCGAGGUCUCACCGUUGAACCAGUGACAGACUGCUCUCAGCUCCCAGCAUAUAACGAUGAUACAAAGAUAGCCGGCCCUUGGACAGUCAAUAUCGAUUCAUGUUACAAUGGGACUGCAGCACAUGGCAGAUGUGCCAUCGAGGGUUUCGGAUCUAGCUCUGAUGUCACACGGGAGCGAGGCGACAAGGGAAAUAUAAUCGAGCAUGGAUUUAUCACAAUCGUCAGCAACAGCAACAACGUCAAAACCCAAUUACGCUGCAACGGCGCCCUCAACGCAAUUGAAGCUUACGUCCCCUCGGGUCAUGGCCCCCUUGACUGGCACGCCCUCGGUAUCAAUCACCACCCUAGCACCGGUCGGCUCGUCUGGGGCAGGGACGCCGAGCCUGUACAAGCAUACAGACAUCAUAUUCGCGGUCAACCUGUCGAAGGCCUCUUCCUUGGAUCGAACAAUCAGACCAACUGGGCAGUGCACUCAUCUGGGAGGGAUGUUAGCAUCCAGGACUACAAGCCGUAUUGGGUGAUGCGACUGAUGAUUCCAGAGACGACAUUCAGAAACGAUGAGUUCAGGACUCUGAUUCGAAUCGAUGGGAGCUGA